AUGAGCAUUCCUAGUUGGGCAUCUGUGCUUAUUGCAUUAGCUGCAGCAGCAGUUGCAAUUGCUAUUGGUGACUUUUUCUACAAGAAACUCACUCGGGUUCCUUUUAAACCGGGAGGAAAGGCUUGUUUUAUUACUGGUGGAAGCACAGGACUUGGAAAGGCUCUGGCUAUUGAACUUGCUAAAGCAGGAGCUGAUGUUUGCAUAGUAGCAAGGAGAGCAAAAGAAUUAGAAUUGGCAACCCAUGAAAUCAAGUCUUAUUGUAUUAAUAGCAAUCAACAAGUCAUCUAUAUUAGUGCUGAUGUCACCAAUCCAAAGGAAGUUGCUCAUGCUUUUGAAGAAGCUAAUAUUAAACUUGGCAGAAAUCCAGAAUUUGUAUGCGCCUGUGCAGGUGCAUCUUAUCCCAAGUUCUUUUUGGAUUAUUCUAUGGAUGAAUUUGAAAAGCUCACCAAAUUGAAUUAUCUUGGUCAAGCUUAUGUUGCUCACCAAGCUGCUCAACGUAUGAGAGAUUCCAACAUAAAGAAUGGCAAGAUCGUAUUUGUUUCAUCCAUGUUGGGCAUGCUUAGUUUUGCUGGAUGGUCUACUUAUUCACCUACUAAAUACGCUGUUCGUGGUUUAGCUGAUACCCUCCGUAAUGAAUUGAAGCGAUAUAAUAUCGGUGUACACAUCUUCUUCCCAGGUGGUAUCUUGUCUCCUGGAUUUGAUACUGAAAAUCUGACAAAACCUGAGGUGACAAAGAUCAUUGAAGGAGCAAACACACCCCAGACGGGUACUGAAUGUGCUCAAUCGUUGAUGAAAGGCCUGCGUUCAGGCGAAUAUAUGAUUGUUACAGAUUUUAUCAGUGAGCUUCUUCGCUGUACCGUCAGAGGCGUCAGUCCUACGAAUAAUCUUUUACUGGAUUGGAUUCUGGCCAUGAUUGGACAGCCUAUUGGAUCUGGAUAUGCUUUAUACAUGGACUACGUGGUGAAGAACACUACGUACUGA